AUGUCUGUUAUUAUUAAUUCUAUUGCUGAUUUAAAAACUUAUGAACCAACUUCAACUGUAACUACUGUUUAUGUAAAAGCAUUUACUGUCAAUACAAAUAUUGGUGGUGGUGAUUUUUAUUAUGAUAGUGCUGAUACAACUACUGUAACUGAUAAUGCUACUGUUAUUGUAACAAAUGGUGGUAAAAGAUGGAAAAAAGUUAUUAGUGAUUUUAAUGAUCUUAAUGUCACUCAUUUUGGUGCAUUAAAAGAUGGAGUUACAGAUUGUUCUGCCGCUUGUAUUACUAUGCAUAAUUGGUCUGUUAAAUAUGCUCCAAAAUUAGGUAUUCGUUUCCCAGCUGGUACUUUUAAAAUUAGUGGAAUUGAUUUAUCAAAUACUUCAAUCGCCCAUUUCAGAAUGACUGGCUCCACUGUCGCAUAUGGUUAUUUCCCAGCAACAACUUUAAUUUCCGAUCAAGGUACUGGUAUGAUGGUAAAAGUUAAAGCAAGAUGGACCGAAAUCUCCAACCUUAUUAUCUAUGGUGAAAAUGAUAAAGUAGUCAAUACCAAAGGUUUCUACCAAAAUACUGAAAUUGAAGGUGAAUUCAUUCGUAUUACCAAUAUUAAUUUUAGAAAUUUGGGUGGUGUUUGUGUAUCAAUGGUUGAUACAUUGGAUACUAAAAUUGAUCAAUUCUAUGUUACAAGAUGUACUGGUGGUGUAAUUUAUGGAACAUGGUCUGGUUCAGCUACUGGUUCAUGGGAUCAUUUGACAGCUGUUGAAUUGACAAACUUUAAUAUUCAAAAUUGUACAGGUGCCAAUAUCUUUGAUUUGCAAAGAUGUACCCAAUCAAUCAUUAGAAAUGGUUGGAUUGAGCAUUCAGAUUCACCAGGUGAUUUAUCAAAUGGUCAAUGGGUUAUUGAAGCCUUAAGCAUGGAAGAUUGUGUCAACCCAUUGAAUUUAACCUUUUGUCGUUAUAUUAUUACCCAAAAGAAUUUACAAGGUACCUCUGCAAUACUUACAAAUGAUAGUACCAAAUCAACAUGGUUAUCAAUUUGGGAGAAUGGUGGCACUGAAAUUGAAAACUAUGGUAUUAGAACCACUGGAUCUAUGAAUUAUGGUCAAUUGACAUCCGAAUUUAGAUUCUCCAAUAGUUCAGCCUCUUCACAAUGGUUACGUCUUGGUGAAGUGUUUAUUCCAUCCGAUGGUGAUACAUUAAAUAUUCGUAUUGUUGGUUCAUUGGGUUUCUCCAGUCUUACCAAUAGUCAUGAUGUUGCAAGUGGUCGUCAUGGUAAUGGUGAGGCACUAUUAAGAGUUCAAAAGAAGUCUCCAGGUGUUCAAAUGUCAUGGGAAGGUAGAGGUUCUUGUCCAGUUACAGAUGUUAUGUACUUACCUGCAACUAAUAAAACCAAUUGUUCAAUCUAUAUUAAACUUGGACCAUAUGUUAUGAACACUGUCGCUAUACUUGAAACUUCUGCUCGUGAUCGUUAUUAUGCUGGUGUUUGCUUUCGUUGGAUGUAUGAUGGCACUAAACUCGACGAAACUGCUGUUACCACUAUUGAAGGUAUUGUACAAGCAUUACCACAAGCAUCUUGGAAUGCUGGUAAAAAUGGUAUAGCAAUUGGUUCUGAUGGUUAUUUUGGUAUUACAACAGUUCCAAUUGGAACAGACAAUCAAUUACCAAUUUAUAUUAAUGGUUCAUUAUAUAAAAUUGCUGUAGUUAAACAAUAA